ACCUGCAGCCCUGCAUACCUGUACUCUGAUGUUCUUCGAAUUUCUUCCUCCACAGCUGAUUCGCCAAUUCCAAAUUAUGUUCGUGCUCUGUCGUGAGUUCUCGUCGUAACUCUUCGAGCUUCCUCGUAACGUCUUCUUCAGCAUAAAGUUCAAUACCUUGUGACUUUGUAUCUUCACUCUCCAAAUUUUUCUUCAAAUCAUUAAUCAAGAUAUCUUUCUCUUGGACAAGAUAUUUUAAUGUUUCCACCUCUUCCUUCUGUUUUUCUUUAAUACCAUCUAUUUCGUUCCUGUCCUCCUUCUGUUUUCCAACGAAAUCCUCGUUUUCAGAUUUAACCAAUUCCAUUUCUUGUUUCAAAUCAUAAAUUUGGUUCUCGUAUCGCAAUUUCGUGCUCAUAAGUUCCUCAUGUAGUGUAUUUAAUUCUGCAGAUGCACCCUGUUCAUUAAUCUUCUUCAUUUCCUCCCUAAGUCUACCACAUACUUGUUUUUCAUUAUUCAGAUUAGUUUGGAGUUCAUCCAUUUUCUCCUGAUGCGCGUCUUCUAACCGUUGCUCCAAGGAAAGUAGCUCUAUUUCGUGUUGAUUUUUCAACAUGUCCAGUUCGACUUCAAAUUUUCUUUCCAGCUCGUGUUUGUUAGUCAGCAUAUUUUCAAUAAAGGUUUCUUUCUCGGUUACAAGGUUUUCAAGAUCUUUUAUUUUACCCGAAACCUGUGACAGUGAAACAAAUAAUUAUCAUACAACAAUGCUGUGAAAUAAUGCAUAGUGGUUUUCACAGAACUGUAUCACAGAAUAAAGACACACAGAAGGUCGACUCAACCAAAAAAGCGUAACUGCUGCCACGCCAUUAGUCGUCAUCAAAAUGCUGACGCCAUGAUCUUAGCCAAUGCGCUUAUGAGAGGCAUUCCACCCCCCCCCCCGGACGUCCGCCAUUGUGAAUAUUACCAGGGGGUGAAUGCCUCUCAUAAGCGCACUGGCUAGGACCAUGGCUCAGCAUUUUGAUGACGAAUUACGAUUACGUCGGCCAAAAUCAUAGGAAAAACCAAGAAGUUGGGCUUCUGUAUAGUCUCUAUUCUGUGACUGUAUGCUGUAAGUCUAACAAGAUAAAAAGAAUGGUUGAAUCAUGACAGCUGUGCCUGUGAAUCAAUAGAGAUACAACUACCUGUCAAAAAGUAGCCUUCACCUGUCACGUUUUAGGGGGAGUUACUAUUUUUAGACUUUUGUAAUUUUGUAUUCUUUUGUAUUUUAAACUUUAACCCUAAUUCUAAUCCUUACUCUAACCUUAAUCCUGACCCUAACCCUUUCCCUAAUCCAAACCCUAACCCUAAAAGUCUAAAAAUAGUAACUUCUCCUAAGACCCAUAUGUGACCAUCUGCGUAAAAUAUUAUAUAGGCAAUGCUGUUUUACCUCGCGAUCAGUUGACAAAUGAAGACUUUCUCUUGCCGCUGUGUUUUCCUCACGUAAAACUUGACACUCGUUCAUUCUUUUCAUCAACUUUUCAUUCAGAUCAUUUAUCGCCGAAUCCUUGUCUUUCACUUCCCUCUCAAGUCUUUUAAUUUUUUCUUGGAAAUCACGUUGUUUUGGUGAAUUGGUUGGUGCACCUGGGCUUGCUGAUUUGAUGAUAGCAUCAUUCUGGGAAAUACAGUAAAUGCCGUUUUAAUAUUUCAAAUUUGGGACGUUCAGCGCAGGAGGUAUUUUAUAAUAAGCGUUCGAAUGGUUGUUGUUGUUUUGCGCGGAGAAAUACACGCACGAGAACAAGCGAGAUGCAUGAGGGUUGAUGAGAGUGGAUAUUACCGCGCGCGCGUGGCGAAAACUUUCAUCAACUCUCAUCAUAAGUUAAACCAGGACAAAGUUGAUGAGAGUCGAUGAGCGUUGACGGUCAAACGCGAACGAAAGUUGCAACUCUUAUCAACUCUGAUCCUUGUUUGACCAAGACUUUGGUAGCCUGCUCGCAGCUCGAGGAAAUUAUCAAGUAAGAUUUGAAGGACCACUAUUAAAGCUACAUGUAUCUCUAGCACAGCCAACCAACCUUCGUUUUUUUAACCGGAAUACUUGAUGGUCUGGCUUGAUUCAGACCCGACUGUGUAGCACCAGUUUGAAUUUUAGGUCCAUUACUCGACUUCACAGGAAUGCCAGACUUUCUCGUCGCCAUAUUGUGAACGUCCAAUGGUUAUCACAAAUUCAUACUGUGUUUGAGAUUUGCUGGCCUGAUGUUGCUAAGUCGACGUUUGACAGCAGUUGACGUAAUUGACAACUUCUAUCUUCCGUGGAAUUUUAUAUUACGUUAGUGUAAACUCGGGUAAUAAUGGACUAUAAUACUCUAUUUUGAAAGGACGCGAAGUUAAUCCCCGCUAAUGUUUGUCUUUUGAAAUAUGAUCGUUUGUUGUCAUGGUGCUUUCAUGAUAUUUGACCUUUCAUGAAAAGAUAUAACCCAUCAAUGGGUGUCCAACCUGCAGUUAUCAGAGUGAGAAUAUAAUGUUAAUUCUUGUCAUCGAUUGCAGUAGUCUUGUAUUUGGAGGCAAAUACAGUAUAUAGAAUUUGAGUUCUAGUUGAAUUUUCGUGUUGCUAUAAGUAUGACCAGUUCUCAAAAGUUGACUACCAUCGGCUGUCUGUAACGUUGGCUAGUGAACCCGCCAGGCACCAAUAUUUUUGCGCGCGCAAAUAUUUUUAAAAGCUGUCUUGCAUCUGAUAAUUUUUUCUAUCGAGUUUUUGGAAUAUUUGGACUUUCCUGCAGGUAUCAAAUUUCACGCAAGAAUACAAAAAAGAAAAAUUAAAUAUUUUUAAUAAUUAAAUAUAAAUUUUUUUCAAGAAAUCUAAAUUAACGUUCCGACAGAAGUCGAUAGUGUGCGAUACGAUUACGGUUUAUUCCGAUUUCGCCUUUUGGCGAAUUAAAAUUAUUUUACGAAAGUAGUCGAUCAUCAACGAACCGACUCCGGUUAGUUCCGAUCUCGCCUUAUAGGGAAUGGAAUUUAUUUUCCGAAAAGGAGUCGAUGAUGAACGAACUGAUUCCGAACUUGUUCGGAUUUCGCCGCUUGGUGGAUGGAAUAUAGUUGUUGAGGAAGAAAUUGGCGCGCAAAGAACACAUGUCCUUUUGAUCUCCCAGACAUUUGAAAUCUGCAAAAUGGCCGAACAAGAAUCGAAAAAAAUUGACGAAAAUAACGUCGAAGAGACAAGCGAGAGCGAAACUAAGACGGUACACUAUAAAUUUGAUAUCUCUUCUAUCUAAUUCGAGGGGAGAAUGGUUCAAUUUUAUUCGUUAAGACCUUAAAUUUUGACUCUUGUUUAGGAGGAGUCUGUCGCGUCUCAGGACGAGACCAGCGAUACAACAAAAUCAAAGGAUAAAUCUCCAAGCAAAACAAAAUCGCCUGUGAAGGAAACGAAGGCCAAGAAAGACAAUAAAAAGCAGGAGGAAACAGACGACGAUGAAAGUAGCGAUGAUGAGGAAUUAGUUGGUAUGAUUUUUUUUUAUUUAAAAACCUUCGAUGGAAGCGUGCUGGCCCUUUGUAGUGCAAUGUUGAGCAUAAUAAUUUAUUGAGCAGCUUACGGGAUGUUACUUCGGGUUUAAAAGCUUUAAAUUUCUGGCUUAAUUAAUAUUGUGGCUAUUUCUGUUUUUGCUGUGUGAAAAUUCCAAAAUUUAUAUGUUGCAAUUUAUUGGAAAUUUUAUCACAUGUAGCCGGGUAAAGAAUUUUAUGAGAAUCGUGUACAUAGCUGGCAGUAUGCUGCUCUUCGAUGCUAUUUACGGCCAACCCUUCACGAGUGACGACCAGUGCUUCCAUUUUCAAGGAAAUUUCCUUUUCUAAGGAAAUUCUAGUGUCGAAAAGGAAAAUCUAAGGAAGAGAAAAAAUCUAAGGAAUUUUUCCCAACAACUUAAAUAUUCAUCCAAGUGCAUUAGUGCAGAAGAAAGUUUCACUAUUUCUUGAAUUUUGAGUGAAUCAUGAUCAAUUAUGUUUAAUUAAAAAUCUGUUUUUAACUUUUUCCUCGUGUUUCCGAAAACGUCUGAAAGUUUUUGAGAGAUGGGAUUUGGUAACUUUUGGCGCCAAACGCUGUGAAUAAUUAAUUAUUUAUAUCAUUGGAAGGUAUAUGUUGUAAACUCAUAACCAUAGAUAUCUUAUAUACACUAGAUAGCGCAUCUCAUUUAGUAAAAUUGAAGCCAAGAAUAUUCCGGCGGUUACGCCCAUUUGAAUAGAUGGCGGCCAUGUUGGUCGUUCCCACUUGCUAAUAAACGCUUAAAAACAACAAUAACUUUCAUUAUUUGAAUAUUACGAAAGUCACCGAACUGUGGAAUCGCAUCAAAAAUUCGUAUAUCGACCACUCCCACAAACGUCUACGACCCCGCCUACAUAGUUUUGCACGUUUACAAUUCUAAUUUUAAACAGCCAAUUACCAAGAACCUGAUUGGCUGUUCAAAAUUAGAAUUGUAAACAUACAAAACUAUGUAGUCGAAUGUAGGCGUGGUCGUAGACGUUUGUGGGAGUGGUCGAUAUACGAAUUUUUGAUGCGAUUCCACAGUUCGGUGACUUUCGUAAUAGUUUGAAAAUGUAUUUGGAAUAGGGUUAACUUAAUGUUUAAGUUCCCUGUUUAAGAAAUAGAAAACAUACGAAUCUUCUCAUUUCAUGGGAACAACCUGAGACUGCAAUCACGGCUUCAAUUUUUGAAUUGCAGAAUAAUUAGAUGCACUAUCUAGGCCCAGGUGAUCUCGUGUUCGUAUUUUAGCCAAUCAGCGCUCAGAAAGGGUUGUCCGAAUAGAAAUCCAUUUUGAUGUAUUCAGUCAAUUAUAUCUUUCGUUAUUCUUUAUGAAACUAGUUGAAAUUUUGUAAUUAUGUUUAGUUAUGAGAACUAUGGCUCUAACAAAAAUAUGGAAUCAAAAUAAAGUAUAUUACAGGAGAUAUUCAGUUGUUUUAAUCAUAAAAUGGAUUUCUAUUUGACAACUAGUGCCAGUACUUUUCCGCGUAUCAAGAUCACCUGGUAGUGUAUAUAAGAUAUCUAUGCUCAUAACAAAUAUUUAAUUUUAAACAGUAUAAUAGCCUGUGGUUUCUUAGCAAGCCAUCAUCUUUGUUAAUUGUGCUAUUUUGUGCCUUUAAAAUUGAUUAAAUCCUUCGUAUUGCUACAAAAGCACUGCAAACCGCCUAAUGAAAUUUCAAGGAAUUUUAAAGGAAAUAACGUAUACAAUCUAAGGAAUUUAGAGAAAUUUUGAUGACAAAAAUGAGAGAUUUUGAAAAUGGAAGCACUGGUGACGACGGCUGUCCUUUGUAAACAGAGCAAAAUGGCUAACUUGCAGGCAUAUAACAAACAGUGUAGGAUGGGCAACCCCUUGCAAUCUUCUCAUCUCCCCCCCUGAAAAGUUCCUUACAGGACCCAAGAAAGUCUCUCUGUUCCCUCAUAUUGCAAUUUAACCCAUGCUACAGAGCGGGCUAGAUCUGUUCGAAUUAGAGUGAGGCGGUUUUUUGGUAAACUGAAAAAAACGAUGUUUUUUGAAAACCGAAAUACUCAAUGUUAAAAACGAAAAUACGGGGGAAAAAAUGAAGAAAAAUCAGUAUUUAACUAAAAUCGAGCCAUACUUGUCAAACGAAUCAAGUUUUGGCAUUUACACACGAAAAACUAAAGAGAUUUUGUUUGAAAUUUGAUAACGUCUUCAAAAUACCUUACGUUUAAUAUCUUGUGUGAGUACUGAGUAGCAUAUUUUGUCUUUUUUACCGUAGUUUCGAUUUUUGAACAUAUUUAAAAAAAACCCUGAAUCACUCGUUUUUGGUUUUUUUGUCGUUUUUUUGUAGAAACCGCCUUGCGCUAGUUCGAAUAGUGUUCUAGGUGUUCAAUCAUAAUUACUUAAUUUUGCAAUAUAAACAGGGACUUUGGAUGCGCCGCUAGUUAUUGAAGGGAAACGUGCGAGAAAGUCGACUGAAUUCCUCUCCAGCAUGAUCGAGACACCACAUAGUACAGAAAAGAAAAAGAUAGAAGUUCCAGAGGUACUUUCAAAUGCUGUAUAUCUCAAGUCUUUUGCAUAUUCAAAUUGGCAAUCAUUGAUAAAAAAACAUUGUCUACUCUUUACUUCAAUGUUUGUCAAGACGACAUUUGACAGGUCUUAAAUAUUUCUGUCAUAUGUAACCAAUUGAGUGGCAGCGCUUGUCUCCCCUUGAUGAGUAAAAUUGUCUGGUGUUAGACUGAGAGACUAAUUAUAAAGAGAGGCAAUGCAGCUUGAUGGGUUAACUUGACUAAUGCUGAUCAUCUAAAGUAAUUGAUACAUUCAAAUGCUCAUUACAAACAUGUGAGAAUUGACAAUGUUUUCAUUUGUGACACUUUAUCCUUGGAUAAAUUUGUUUGCUGUUCAAUUCCUGAGAUACCUGUUGUUUUUAUUAGGGAAAAGGCAAACCAUUAGCUUCUAUGCCCCGAGGUAUGUGACUGACAUCUGAACAUGAUGCCAUAUUAUGUUAUCUUGCUCGAGGUGUAACUUAACACUUGCCCGGGACAAGUGAAUAUCAUGACAUUUUAUCUUGCUUGCCCGAUUGGGCAAGUUGCCUUGCCACAAAAAGCUGAGCAUCUUUAAGUUUAUGUUUUCAUUGUUGGAUAUAAAUUUUUUAUAGUGCAUGUACUUGAUUCAAAUUUUGGUUUUUGUGGGCCAAAGCUAGAUCUGAGGCAGUAUAACAUAGCCAUAUAGAGCAGUGGACGAACGGGUUGACAUGUUGUCCCCUUAAUUUAUACCCACUACCUAGGUACCCCAGUGGCCAUUGUCUGAUGGCAAGUGAAUUUUAUUCCAGGCAACUAAUUUUCAUGUCCUGAGGGUAAGUGGUCAAAAAAGUAAAGUUACACCACUGCUAAUGUUAAUCUCUUUCUCAGUGCAAUUGCAGUUACAGAAAAUUCCGGGUGAGGAACUCAAACCACUUCACAAGAUUCUGUUUGGCAGGCCAGGAAAUGUAGGUGUUCAUACUUCAAUUCUGCAGUGACUGCUGCAAGUAUAUGCCCAAUCAUGAACACAGAGUUUUGUUUUUCUGUUUCAGGCCUCAGAAGUGAAGAGAAAUAUUCGUUUAUUUAAUGGAUUUGGCGUUGAAAAGGUUUGUGUAGCUCGAAAUAGGAGUUGGGACAUACGAUUAUAUGCUGAAAAAUACUUGGUGUAUGGCAAGUAUUGGAGGAAUGUUUACAUGAAAAUCCUUCAGACAACAAGUGUUGUCCUGUAUGAGUUACCAAUGAUCAGCUUGUUGUCUACAGUGUCAAAAUGGUGCCAGAAUUGAACCUUUGAACGGCAGACAAUUUUGCUUAGGCAUGAAAAAAAAAUACCUGUGGUUCCGGUUCCCGACCGACCCUAUUUUUUUUCUGCCGACCCUAUUAUUUUUUCAAUGCGAUUGACCGUGCGACCCUAUUUUCUCUGGGUGGUUGCGGGCUGCUGCCUAAAUGGUGUCUGUUGCCACACUAAUUAUUGAAAAAACCAUGAAAAAAAAUAUUUAAAAAAACAAACACAUUAUUUCCGACCUAACGACCCUAAUUUUUUUGCGAUAUGAAACCGGAACCACAGGUAUUUUUUUUACGCCUUAUUAAAGGAAGAGUGCUGCCACUCAGUAGGUUCAAUCAGCAACCUAUAACAAACAACCUUAUCAAAAAUUUCAGACACCAAAUUUUUAGGCUGAUUUUAAUUUACGUUUCUUGCAUUUUGUCCUCCAGGAUUCAAAAGAAUACAAGAAAAAAGAAGAACAGGUCGAGAGGUUCACACAGGACAGUAUGAAGAGGUUGUGUGAAAUUUUAGAUAUUGAAAAGAGAGGAACUAAGGUGAGGUUGGGUUUCUAGUGGUCAGGGACGCCGGAACUGGGGGGGGCAGGAGGGGCAGCCGCCCCCGUUGCCCUUUACCAGAAGGGGCAAGGGGGGCAAAGGUGCCCUUUCAAUUUAAAGGAUUGCCUUGGCGAAAUAGAGAAUUGUCAGAAAUGUUAGUGCAAUUCUUUUACGAAUUUGCUUCAGAAAACGCAAGAAAUGCAGUCAUCGAGCUUCAAGAAUAGCACAAUCGCCUGGCGGAGAACCCCCUCACACCCCUAUCAUCCAAUAAAUAGAAAACAUGAUUAGGCGAAGUUCAACUCCCGAUGUUUUGCAAACAUCUCUUAGUAUAUAUCAAUUCAAAAGUGCCCUUUCACAAAAAUCUGCCCCCCUUGCCUUCACAUCGUUCCGGCGUCCCUGCUAGUGGUUUUUCUGAGAAACAACAUUUUCUGAAAUUCUGUCAUUUCAUAGGAGGAAGUAUUUGAGAGAGUGAUGGAUUUUCUUUUGUGUCCAAAAGCAUCAGAAAAGGUUGGUAUGAAGCAUGCCUCUGAAGGUUGUAUUUUUGUGGAGGGUAGACAAGUAAAAAAAAUAAGUAGGGUGCAUUGUGUGGGUCAAUGGGUUAAUUACUGUAAAAGUUUUUAAGGCACACAUUUUGACAUUUGAAUUUGAAGCUAGCCUCAGAAUAUGGAGGUAAUGUCGUUCCAUAACUUCAGCAGCUGUUGUUUGAAGUUCCUAGAUAACAUAAUAUUAAACAAUGUGCUCAAACAAAUGUGACUGUAUUUCUAAUAUUCUACAGCCUGUGCCUACUAAGCCAGCCAAGAAAGCAAGUAAAAGUGAGUCAAGAAAAGUUACUUUAUAUUGACACUGUGAAAUUUGUAUGCAAAACUCUUAAUGUUCUGCAUGUACUAGCUGUAUUCUCUAUGCUUUGUAGAGUCGUCCAAAAAACGAAAACGACCAGCCGAAAAGGUAUGGUAUUUCAUGAAAAUGUGUAAAAUUAAGAAUUUUUGAUGUCAGUGUUAUUACCCCGACAGCAGAAAUCCUUACUUCCUCGAGAAAAGAACAUAAGGGGAAGGUCUCGCGGUGUAGUGUUAUCUAAAGGCUGAUUUUACACUAUCAAAGUUUCUGUGAUCACAGUAGGAAUUUUGCAUUGGUAAAUUCUAAGUUUUGAAGGAUUUGUAAGAAAUGUUUGAGGGAAACUGACUCCGUGUUUAACACUGGUCGUCUGUUGAUGUCUCUGUACGGUCUGUCGGACCGCGUUUUCAAAAUGAUAUUGAACUUUGAUACCAACUUCUAAUCUUUCUAAAUAGAAAGAAGAAAAAAGCAAAUCAAAGAAAGCAAAAUCUGAAGAAACUGUCGAGUCUGGUGGCGACAGUGAAGCAGAGGAGGAGAAGAAAGAAGAGGUGAAAGAAAAGGUAGAACUGGUUUAUCCUGUUGUAUAACUGGCGAACAACUGGUUUAACUUGUUUACAUGUAUGUUCAUAUUUGGAUGUGACAAAUCUACAAAACUACUCUGCAAAAAUGGCUGGAAAAGGCAUGGAUGGUCUAAAUUUCACGGGGAGACGUCCUCAAACCCUGUUUGGUGAAGUACCUUCGGCACCAUAUACAGGGUUCGUAGCGGUCUUUGAAAUCCUUGAAAUCACGGUCUUUAAAUUGGAAUGCAGGUCUUUGAGAUCUUUAAAAAGUCUUUAAAUUGUGUGAAAAAGCGAAGAAAGUCUUUAAAAAUCUUUAAAUUCUUUAGUGAGUAUUUGAUUAUACGAUUUGCUAGCUAAUAAAAUAGAUUGAUUGAAGCAAAAUUUUCCCAAAAAUCGAAGAAAAUGCGCAUUUUAGGAUGUGAUUUGACAGGACUAAUUACCGGGUAAAAAUGGUGCUUACACUCGCAAUUUUUCGACACCUGGUUGCUCUCAAAGGUCUUUGAAAAGUCUUUGAAAAUAGGCAGAAAAAAUCUUUCAAAGUCUUUGAAUUUUUUUGGUCUUGGAGACUACGAACCCUGAUAUAGCCGCUUACCUCUUUCAAAAAGUCUCCUAAAGGGAACCCUGCGACUAUCAUGCUGACACUAAAUUCUAUUUUCCCACAGUCUCCGGCGAAAAAAGCAAAAUCUCCUAAAAAAGAAAAGAAGGAAACGAAGAAAGCCGCGAAGAAAGAAAAGAAAAUCGUCUCGAUCAAAAUAUCUCCCGGAAACAAAGCGAAGAAGGCAAAGAAAGCAAAAGGUAGCAAAUCGUAGAAGAUGUUUUUGAAACAAAAAAGAUAUGUGCGUUGUCGUUGAUCCCCGUGUUUAUUUGGAUGCAAAACCAUCAAUCCAUUUUCACGUUACACACGUAAAACGCACAAUUGUAACAAACUUGCAGCAGACUUGUGGCAACGUUGUUCCAACAACUUGUCAACAGGAUGUGUUCGCACUGCUUGUUCCCAGCUUGUUGACAACGUGCUACAAGGUUGUUGAGCUCAACAGACUUGUUACAAGUUGUUCCAACAACUUGUUAUCGUCCUGCAAUUCAACAAGUUGCGAGUGACAAUCUUGUAGCAAGUUAGCAACUUGAUAAAAUAACAGCAUUGUUACACCUUGUUGACGAGCUUGCUACAAGCCUGUUGCGAACACAUCUUGUUGACAAGUUGUGAGAUUUUUAGGCGUAAAACGAAUAUACAACAAAAUCUUUAUAUCCAGCUAAACAUAUUUCUACAAUAAUAUAUAGCAAAACAUUUUGGGGUUUUUUUUUUCAGAGAAAAAGGUAGAUUCUGGCGACUCUUCAGACGAAGAGCCAUUGAGCAAGAAGGCGAAAAAAUCACCACCAACGAAUGAUGAAAUUGUCCAACUUGUUACAGAACUGUUAGAUGGAGCUGAUCUUGAAAAAAUCACCAUGAAAGCUGUUUGUAAACAGGUGUGUAAUGGUCAAAUUUUAUUCUUCCAUUUCUGCAUUCAUUACAUGAAAUUAUAUUUUGCACUUUACAGGUUUAUGAACGCUAUCCAGAUUUUGAUCUUACCGAUCGAAAAGAAUUUAUUAAAGAUUCUGUAAAAGAGGUAAAAUCAUCUUAAUAUAUUGUCGUCUUCAAGUAUUUUUUGUUAUUCCCAAGUUGUAUUGUUAUAAAUCUUGUUGUUCCUUUCCUUUCAGAUUAUAACUUGAAGUGAUUGAGAAGUCAAAUGCCAGCAGAAAUAGACGCGCAGCGAACAAUUUACAUUGUACAAAAACAAAUCGUCCCUAUCUCUUUCCAACUCGUUGUUUUUAUACACCAUUUAUAUCUCGAAAUAGUUCCGAUCGAGUUUCAGUUCCAGAUCGGAACUGAAAUAUUUGAAAAAAUUCUUAGUUUUUUUGCCGUGCCCAUCGGCAACAUUCUUAUCAUGCAUGUUGAGCUUAUAUUCUACAAAGCUAUACUGUGAAUCAUAAACUAGUCUUGUUUCUUUAUUCCAAGAGUAAUAUAGUGGCCGUAGGUAUUUUAUUGUGAUAAUAAGUGAAAUUUUUAUAAAUAUAUGUGAUCAUUUUGUC